AUGUCGAUGAGUGAUAAGAAGUUUAAUGAGACGAUGGCACACAACAAGAUGCUUGAAACCCAAAUCACUCAACUAGCCAACACUUUAAAAGAUUGUGCUAGCCCUUAUUCACUACCCUCUCAAGGAGUUGAUCCUAAGAAACCCGUUUAUUCUAUCACCACAAGGAGUGGAAAAGUGCUUGAAGAGAGAGUUUCUAGGAAUAGUGAGAAGGAUGAGAGGAAGAGUGAUUGUGACUCAAGUGAGGACAAAGAGAAAGAUGUGUCAAAGAGUGUGAGCAAAGAGGAAGUCCAUGAGAAAAAGAAGAGUGUUGAGAGAGUGCAAGAGGAAGUGAGAAAACCCGACCUUCCAUAUCCCCAAAAGUUUAUGAGGAACAAGUUAUAUGAACAAUUUGGGAGAUUUCUUGACAUGUUGAAGGAGGCCCAUCUUUCUAUCCCUCUCACCGAAGAUAUGACCCAAAUGCCUAGAUAUUCCAAAUUCCUUAAGGAUAUUUUAAGUGGCAAGAGAGAGUGCAAUGAGAUAGAUUCGGUAGAGCUUGGUGAGUGUUGUAGUGCAUUGAUUCACAAUGACCUACCAAAGAAGAUGAAAGAUCCGGGAAAUUUCUCUAUUCUUUGCAAGAUCAAGAGUAAGUUGUUUGAAAAUGCUUUGUGUGACUUAGGUGCUAGUGUUAGCAUUAUGCCUUACUCGGUGUUCGCUUAA